CCGAGACCUACGGAGAGACGGCGGACAGCGGGAGGGCGUGGUUUGAAUUAGCCGUGACCCGGCCCCCUCCGGUCCCGGUGUCCCUCACCCCCAUGGCUCCUCUGCGGCAGGAGGUCCGAUAUCACAAAGUGCAGGAGGCAGAGAGCGAAGACCCUGAGGAGGUGGCAGUGCGCAUAUAUCGACAGUCGUCCCCGCGCGUGGAGCGCUCUCAGUACGCGGAGAUCUGCCUCCGAGUCUUCGCUGCCAUCCUGUUAUUAGCUGUAGCUGCCGGCCUCGUCUUGUAUGAAGUGAAGUUUGGCAAAGUAGAGCCAGGGGCCGCAUUUCAUAGGCCGCCAGGGUCUGCUGAACGCUCGUGGAACGCUAGUCUGUGGGCAGACAUAUCGGCAGACUAUCAGCAUGACGGCCAAGGUGUAGAAAGCCACGGACAUGAGGAACCCAGCAGCCACCAACAGGAAGAUCUCGAGGAGGACGACCAUGAAGGACACGGGAGUCACCAAAUAGAGGACCCAGAGGAGGACGGCCACGAAGGACACGGGAGCCACCAAAUAGAGGACCCAGAGGAGGACGGCCACGAAGGACACGGGAGCCACCAAAUAGAGGACCCAGAGGAGGACGGCCACGAAGGACACGGGAGCCACCAAAUAGAGGACACAGAGGAGGACGGCCACGAAGGACACGGGAGCCACCAAAUAGAGGACACAGAGGAGGACGGCCACGAAGGACACGGGAGCCACCAAAAGGAGGACCCAGAGGAGGACGGCCAUGGAGGACAUGGGAGCCACCAUGAUGAGAGCUUGGAGAAGCAGGAACUACUUCCUGCUGGCCACAGGCACAGUGCUGGCACCUACCACCAGGCAGCCAUAGUCACUGACUCAGAAACCUGCUCUCGGAUUGGCAGAGAGUUGCUGGCGUCCGGUGGCAACGUGGUCGAUGCUGGCAUUGCUGCCGCGUUCUGUCUGGCUGUUGUCCACCCGCACAGCACCAGCCUCGGCGGGAUCUUCUCUUCCAUAUAUUACAACGGGACUUCGUAUACCGCCUCGGCCCUGAACGCCAUUCCUAGAGAAGCCUCCCCCACCGCACACGGAAUACCCCACGUGCUCCAGGGCCUGCGCGAGCUGCACCGGCAGUAUGGGCAGAAGCCGUGGGCGCAGCUGACCGGCGCCGCCAUUCGCCUGGCAAAGCAGGGCUUUCUCGUGGAUGCUGCGCUUGCUGCCGCUCUGGAGGGGAAGCGUCACGCCGUGCUGUCCUCCGUCGGACUCUGCAGUCUCUUCUGCGAGUCCGAUAACCGCGUCAAAGGCGUAGGAGCCACAGUGAGGAACCCGAAGCUCGGGGACAUUCUGGAGCAGGUCGCCACCUCGAUGACCGACUCGUCGCUCCCAGGCAGUCUUAUUCAGAGCCUGGCUGGUGACAUUCCCGAGACAGACAGGGAGGCGUUCAUGAAAGCACUCUCUAAAAACAACCUGAGGACAGAGGACCCCGUGACGCUUCACUUUCAAGAGAUGACGCUGUACUCCACCCCAGGCCCCACUGCCGGUACCAUCCUAACCGAGACUCUGAAAGAGACCUACCGGCAAAUGGCCUUGCUGGAAAAUUCAACCACCGUCCACCAGGAUUAUCAGGUUCUGCUCAAUGCUUCCAUGGCCACGUACAACAAAGCUGGUGGCAGCCCCAGAGGGUCUUCAGGAAGCCCCGACACUGGGCGUCCAGCACCCGUAGGCAGCAAUGUCGUCGUGGCAGAUGAACGUGGCGCAGUCUUCGUGAUGUCUCUGACGAUAAACAGCACCUUCGGCUCCGGCUUCAUCUCUCCCUCCACAGGAAUACUACUGAGUGACUUUGCGUGUGCUUCCCAGCCCUCCCCACCCUCCAGUCUCACGUUCUGGGCUUGCCCCUCAGUGCUGUUUCAUGCGGCAGAGGAGGAUGUGAUGGGGUUGGGGGCCACCGGGGGCAGCUCGGUACCUUUCUCUGCGGCCCAAGUUAUCUUUACCCAUCUCGUCCUGCAGAAGGAACUUUCCGUCGCGGUCCAAGGGCCGCCGGUGGAUGGGAUUCAGGGUAAUGCUGGCGGCUGGUAUGAGUAUUUCGGACUGGCAGAAAGGAGGGCGGAGUCACAUGGUGGGGAAUACCCAAUGGCUGUGGUGGCGGCAGAAGUCCACGCGGAGCACGUUCAUGUCGCCAAGUCCCACGGCCAUUGUUGCUUUCCCGAUGGGCUGUAACUCUAAAGACUACAGGGAUCCGUCCCCAAAACCCGGCAGCUUGUGGUUUGUUUACAUUGCAGGAAAAUAUACUUUCGGAAGGAG